GAGCCACAUUUUUGAGCUGCUUCAUUUCCCAUUUCUUGAUCUGUCUCUGUGGUUUCACAAAUUUCAGGUAGAGAGAGAGACAGAGAGAAGGAGAAAAGCAAGGAGAGCUUCUCAAAGCUCAAGACUCUCUGUCCUCUCUCUCACUUGCACUCUCCCUAUUUCUCUGUCUCUCUGCCUCUGCAGUGAGUACCAAAAGCGAAAGACUCUCUCUUUCACAUAUCAGUCGCCAUGAUGUCGUUGAAUAGAAGCUGUUUUCUGGGCAACCCGGCCAUCGCUGGGUCUUCUAGCCCGUUCUCUCAUAGCCAGAAGAGGCGCUCAGCUUCGCUGAAAGUGGUGGCUUUGGUCCCAAAAGCCCGGACUGGUGAACGAAACGGCAGCGUAGUGAUGGAGAGCACAUUGCAGGAAGUGAAGGACGAAUCCUCGGUUGUUGAGCUGAAAUCCACCGUCCAUGGUGGGGUCCAAGACGUGUAUGGUGAGGAUACUGCCACCGAGGACCAAUUUGUCACACCCUGGAGUGUCUCUGUUGCUAGUGGAUAUACGUUGAUACGGGAUCCACACCACAACAAAGGUCUUGCCUUCACAGAGAAAGAGAGAGAUGCUCAUUACUUGCGUGGUCUUCUCCCCCCUGUUGUUAUUUCUCAAGAACUUCAGGUGAAGAAAAUGAUAAAUUGUAUCCGCCAGUAUCUAGUUCCUCUGCAGAAGUAUAUAGCCAUGAUGGAUCUUCAGGGGAGAAAUGAAAAGCUAUUCUACAAGCUUCUUAUUGACCAUGUCGAGGAAUUACUCCCAGUUGUAUAUACUCCUACUGUCGGUGAAGCUUGCCAGAAAUAUGGAAGCAUAUUUUCGCAUCCACACGGUCUUUUCAUAAGUUUGAAAGACAAGGGCAAGAUUCUUGAAGUGUUGAGGAACUGGCCUGAGAAGAAUAUUCAAGUCAUUGUUGUCACUGAUGGAGAGAGGAUCCUUGGGCUGGGGGAUCUUGGCUGUCAUGGGAUGGGUAUACCUGUGGGUAAACUUGCUCUAUAUACGGCACUUGGAGGAGUUCGUCCUUCUGCUUGCUUGCCUGUAACCAUUGAUGUUGGUACAAACAAUCAGAAGCUAUUGGACGAUGAGUUCUACAUUGGACUCAGGCAAAAGAGGGCUACUGGACAGGAAUAUGCAGAACUUCUACAGGAAUUCAUGACUGCAGUCAAGCAGAAUUAUGGGGAGAAAAUUCUCGUUCAGUUUGAAGACUUUGCGAACCACAAUGCUUUUGAUCUGCUGUCAAAGUAUGGUACAACUCAUCUUGUUUUUAAUGAUGACAUUCAGGGGACAGCAUCUGUGGUUCUUGCAGGACUUGUUGCAGCUUUGAAGUUAGUUGGGGGAUCAUUAGCUGACCACAGAUUUUUAUUCCUUGGUGCUGGAGAGGCCGGCACUGGCAUAGCAGAACUGAUAGCCCUUGAAGUUUCCAAACAGACAAAUAUCCCAGUGGAAGAGACCCGGAAGAACAUUUGGCUUGUGGACUCAAAGGGAUUGAUUGUCAGUUCUAGGAAGGAAUCACUCCAACAUUUUAAAAAACCGUGGGCUCAUGAACAUGAACCAGUCAAGGAACUUGUAGAUGCUGUUAAUGCAAUCAAACCUACAGUGUUAAUUGGAACGUCAGGAGCAGGAAGAACAUUCACCAAAGAAGUGGUUAAGUCUAUGGCCUCCCUCAAUGAGAGACCUAUUAUCCUUGCUCUUUCCAACCCAACAUCACAAUCUGAAUGUACUGCGGAAGAAGCAUACACAUGGACUCAGGGUCGUGCUAUUUAUUGUAGUGGAAGCCCAUUCCCGCCUGUUGAAUAUGAGGGGAAGGUUUACACUCCUGGCCAGGCAAACAAUGCAUACAUCUUCCCUGGAUUUGGUCUGGGUUUAAUCAUGNCUGGUACUAUCCGUGUUCACGACGACAUGCUUCUGGCAGCCUCGGAAGCUUUGGCUUCACAGGUAUCCCAGGAAGACUAUGACAAGGGACUCAUAUACCCUCCAUUUACAAACAUUAGAAAGAUUUCGGCACAUAUUGCUGCUAAAGUAGCUGCUAAAUCAUAUGAACUUGGUUUGGCUACUCGCCUCCCUGAACCGAAGGAUCUGGAGAAGUAUGCUGAAAGCUGUAUGUACAGCCCUUCCUAUAGAAGUUUCCGGUGAAUUUUUUGAAGUUUCAGUGGGGUUUGUUGUUCCUGGGUUAACUACGGUUAAACGAAUCAAUUUUUUCUUCUUCUUAUCUUUCUAUGGUUUAUUUAUUUUUGGUUUUUCCUUUCGCAUUUGUUCUAUUAUGUAACCAAUUUGUUGGAUGAAAAGUAGGAUGGGUGCAGGUAGUUGGGUUAGGGCUCAAAAAAUGUACUUGGAAAAUGAUGUGAACCGUCAAAUUUUAAAUGAAAUAAACCUUUCAAGUUACCUCCA